AUCAAUUUGGAGGGGCAGAUCGUCACUUUGAUCGAUGCAAUUUUAAGAGUUUUAAAAUAUAUUCGCCUAAUAGUAAACAUACCAUUCAUAUCUACUUCACUUUCGAUUUCUGUUUAGUUUAAAAGUAGUAAUAGUGUUGUAAUUUAAUGCUCAGGGUGAUUGUUGUAUAAAUUUUUAAAAGUUUCGGUGUUAUUUUUGUUAGAAACUAAGUGUGAAUAGAACGAUGGAUUAUUUAUGGGAGGAAGCCGAAAUUCUUAUAAAUUUAACAAAAAAUAAUAACACAGAUGUGACUAAUAUUGUUAAAAUGGUGGCGGAAAGAUAUUCAUCAGUUUUAGAACGAGUUAGUGAUCCUAGAACUACGGAUUGGCCGCUGGUUCAAAAUAUAUUUCCUACAAUCUCCAUGGUUUUGGGAUAUUUGUAUGUUAUAUUAUUUCUGGGUCCUAUGAUUAUGGAAAAUCGAAAACCAUUCAAAUUAAAAGAAGUUCUCAUUAUAUACAACGGUGCACAAGUAUUGUAUAGUCUUUUUAUGUUAUAUGAGCAUUUAAUGAGCGGUUGGUUUUGGGACUACAGUUUGAAAUGUCAACCUAUUGAUUAUUCAACGAAUCCCAAAGCUUUAAGGAUGGCGAACCUCUGUUGGUGGUACUACAUUUCCAAACUGACUGAGUUCGCAGACACUCUCUUUUUUGUUCUCAGGAAAAAAACAAGUCAAAUUACAUUUCUACAUGUUUAUCAUCACAGUUUGACACCAAUAGAAACUUGGUUCCUUGUAAAAUUUCUAGCAGGAGGCCAUGGCACAUUCUCUAAUCUAAUUAACAAUCUGGUACACGUCUUUAUGUAUUUCUACUACAUGGUUGCCGCUAUGGGACCGGAAUAUCAAAAAUACGUAUGGUGGAAGAAGCAUUUGACAACGUUGCAGUUGAUUCAAUUCGGACUCGUUUUCGUCCAUUCGGCACAACUUUUAUGGACAGAUUGCGGUUAUCCUAGAUGGGUUGGAUACUUUUUACUAAUCCAUUCCACGAUAUUCUUCGUACUUUUCUCAAACUUCUACUAUCAAACAUACAAGAAUAGUAAAAAACUAAAAUGUUUAAAAACCAACUAGAUUUUUUUACGUCCCUUAUAAUUUAUUGUACAGUUUCUUUGUGGCAGUACUUAUUAUUGCUGACAAUAAACUUUCUUCGUAGAAGAUAUACAUAUGAAAAUAUCGUUGAAUAGGUAGAUCUAGUUGAUCUUAAGACGUAAGUAAUUUUGUAAAAAAUAUCACUAGUUUCUAAAUAUUUAGUUAUUUUGAAUAUGGAUUAGCUUAUUUUGUACAUUAGAUGAAAUGUUUUUCAGUAUGAGCGUUAAAAUAAUUUUUAUAUUCAUGCUGAUUUAAUCAUGAUUUAGUUUGAUAUUUUUUUUUCAAAUCGUCGUGUAGUGUUUUCAAGGUUUUGAAGAAGUUUGACCUACUUCCAUCUAAGUUAAAUGAAUAAAAAUGAUUAGAUAUCUGUAAUUAUGAAAAGAUUGAGGUACAUUUUUCUCCAUACUACAUACCACCAUUAUACGAAUCUGUAAAAUAUUUCUCAACCUCUAUUCAUUCUUCAGGUACAUUGAAAUCUUUCAGAUACAUAGAUUUUACUGGUAUGGCAUUGAUGCUCUGUCUUCCAGUUUUUUAUUUCUAUCGUUAUAUGGUUAUUUUUUGAUGUGAAGUUGAUUCAAUUUAAUUAAAGUAUUUCUAUUCUAUUCCCAUUGCAUUGAAAUUUUUCUUCGCCAUUUUUUGAAGGAAGCGAAGAGAACCACAUCAAGUAGCUGACAACCAUUGGUGGAUUUUGGAAUACGUACAACGAAUUGAAGGCUGUUUGCUUCGCAUAUCUGGAUGACUUCUAAUGUGACGUGAGGAAACUGUCCCCAAUAAUGAUUUGUUUUUCUUGUUUAUGCCCGAAGUAGGAACCAUUUUACGAAAACUAGGGCCUCCGAUCAACCAAAUUAAUAUCCCAAUAAUCAAUUUUCCUCAUAUUCUUCAUUCGGCAUCUACCGUUGAAAACGAGAAGGGAUUAUCAAUUUUUCGAAGCUUCCAUUAUAAUGAAAUGGAUGAUUUUUGAAGAGACUACAAAUUCUCUACUAAAAUCUUAACACUGGCAAGAUCAUCGCUAUACUAUAAUCCUCAAUACUAUAAAGUUGUAUGUAUUUGGUUUGAAAAUAGGUGAAAGCUCUUCAAUUCACCAACUUAACUUCAUAAAAACUGAUUGACAUCAUAUAUUUUGUUUGUUAAUUCCUUCCAUCGGCAAAAGAAGAUUUUGAAAUGUCAUUAAAUCCGAAUGCCAUCGAAUAGAUAUCACUUGAUACCUAAUAUCACGCAUGAUUGUAGAGACUUAUGACUACCUUUUGUAAGUUUUUACAGUUGUCAAAGUCGCACUAAAAAAUCUAAAUGAUCUAGCUGCGUUCCUGUUUGAAAAACAGAUCAAAUGUAAGAAUCAAAAAUAGUAAAAAUUAUUAUUUUUUUUGUGGCUGUAGCAAACUGUAUGUUAUUUCUUAAAAAUAUUCUCAAAAUAAAGGACUUUUUUCGGGUGGAAGUACCUCAAAAUAUUCAUGGUUCUGAAUACUUCCAGUUUUCAUCGGUACUCUGUCAUAGGUUAUGUUAAUAUAUCUCUGGCAGCGAAAUUUCAAAAUAUUUUAUAAAAUUUAUGAUAAAAAUAUGCGACCUAAAAAUAGUUGGGCAAUUUUUUUUCGUCAAGACCACGAAGGUUAGUAAACAACACCUUUCGACUUUGAAUAUAAUUAUAUUUAAAGCAAGAUUUUUUCACAAAUUUUAUUAACACUUCAUGUGCAAUAGAUCUGAUAAUUAUAUAUAAAGAUUUGUAUCUACAAAUUUGUUUAGUAAUUAUAAAAUGAUAGAACAUAAAUGCAGAAAUUACUAGUAAUAUUUCAUAAAUUCGAUUAGAAGUAAUAUUAUAUCAGAUUUUUAAAUUAAAAAUUACUUUGACGCUCAUUGGUGAUGUGUAUUGUAGAUUAGGGAGAUGUAGGUAGUCGUAAGCUAAUUAACCUAGUCAUACAGUUCUGUUUGUAACAGGUAUAAUGUAAUGGGAUAGUGUUGAUAUGAUAAGAUACAGCUACAUUCUUCUGAAGGAGUUCACCAAUCAAUGAAAAAAUCUAUCCCUUUUUUACAAAUCAUUGACUGUAUUUUAUUGUGCAAUCUGUGGUAUUAGAGAUGUAGCCUUAGACAAUAUUACCUAAGUAGCAAAAAACAAAUGGGUCAAUUUAAUAGCAUAACUCAUCCUAGAUUAGUAUUGGAUCUAGCUCUAACCUUAGUUAUCGAUACUUAGCUCCAGAGCUGGAUAGUAUUCGCAUAAAUUGUACUCAUAAUAGUACUUAAAGUAUUCAGUAUCGAUAUUCUUGAGUCCUUUUUAUUUUACAGUUCUUAGUAUUCCCAAUUCCUACAGUUGACGAGUAACGAGUACGAGUAUCGAGAUAUAGCGACGACGACACUCGUAGACAAGACUUGACAAGUAUUCUAAACAAUUCUUAGUUUGUCGCUUGAACUGGCUUGUCCCCUGUUUUGUUUGGUUUUGUUUCAUAGAUCACUGCUCAAUCGCUCAAUCAGUCAGUGGAUUUAUCGUCACAAAAAAUUGUGUCUUCCACCUUAUCUUUGGUUCUUUGGUUUGUUAAAUCUUUAUCAAAUGUAGAGGUGAAUCUCCGUGUUACUAUAUAUGUUAUAUUAUCACGAUUACUGCCAAAACAAUUUCCGCAACUUGCUUUAAUCCCAUUAAGUCAUUAAAAAUACUUAUUUAAAGAAAAAGUUGACACUGAAAUGUGUUUUUAAAAAAACAGUUCAGUUAUGUAAGAAAAUCUCCUCGGGUGUUGAAUUAUUAGUUAUUUCGUAGUUGGGGUUAAAAUUAAAAUGUUAAAACUCCCAGUUCCAGUUACUACUACUAUAAUUUCUUGCUCAUCUGUCCAAUAGUCUCCAAGUCUAAAAUAAGUGCUGGUAUUCGUUACUCAUUUUUUCACGACUACUCUGUAAAAUUUGUAAAAGUAUUCAUUUGUUCGAAUACUUUUAAGUACUUUUUGAAGGUACUCAUGGAAAAGUACUCAUGAUUUGGUAAUUUCCAGUAAGAGAUGUGUAUUAUGUUCCUCAUAAUGAUAUUUAGAAAAAUAUAUAACAUAUUCUAUAUCUUAGUAAAGGAUAAAGACAAAAAAAAUCACUUUUGAAUUAUCCAUAUAUAUUAUCAUCAUUAUUGACUGCUGACGAAAAUUAGUGGGACAAAGUGCAAUAAUAAUGAAAUUCGUGUAAAAAAUGAAACUAGUCGUAAAAAAUUUUAUGUCAAAUUCAUAGAUACUAUUUUUUAUGCUAGUGCCAUUCGAUAGGAACAACAAAUGAACGUACCUAUACACAAUAGCAUUACAAAAAUUGUAAAUAAAAAUAUUUAAUCAAUGUCAAUUAUUAAUACAACUAAGUCAAUUUGCUCAAUGCUUUUAUAUUAUGAGAAAUAAAAUAUUUCAUUAAUUUGA